CCCCUGGUGAAGCAAGACAGUCUGGAUAUCUACAACGAGAGAGACCCCUUCAAGAAUGAUGAAGCAGGAGUCGACGAAGAGGAGAACGAUGAUGUGGACAGUGGGAUAGAGGGAGAACUGGACCUGAUGGAGCGGGACGCGAUGAUCCCCCCUAUGCCUGCUCAGCGUCCGCCUUUAGUGUCUUUCCCCAAAGGGCUCCCCUGGGCCCCCAAAGUCAGACAGAAAGACAUUGAGCAUUUCCUGGAAGCAAGCAGGAACAAAUUCAUCGGAUUCACGCUGGGACAAGACACCGAAACCCUGAUAGGGCUGCCACGGCCCAUCCACGAAAGCGUGAAGACGCUGAAGCAGCACAAGUAUGUUUCCAUCUCAGACAUCCAGAUCAAAAACGAGGAGGAACUGGAGAAGUGCCCCAUGUCUCUGGGGGAAGAGGAAGUCCCAGAAACCCCUUGUGAGAUCUUGUAUCGAGCAAUGUUGUACAAUCUCCCCCAGUAUAUGAUAGCUUUGCUGAAGAUCCUCCUCGCUGCAGCGCCCACCUCCAAAGCCAAGACCGACUCCAUCAAUAUCCUGGCAGACGUGCUGCCCGAAGAGAUGCCCAUCACCGUUCUUCAGAGCAUGAAGCUGGGGAUCGACGUGAACAGGCACAAGGAGAUCAUCGUGAAGAGCAUCUCGGCUUUGCUGCUGCUGCUCCUCAAGCACUUCAAGCUGAACCACAUCUACCAGUUUGAGUACGUGUCCCAGCAUUUGGUGUUUGCCAACUGCAUCCCGCUGAUCCUGAAGUUCUUCAACCAAAACAUCAUGUCUUAUAUCACUGCCAAAAACAGCAUCUCCAUCCUGGAUUAUCCAUACUGCACAGUCUGUGAUUUGCCCGAGCUCACAGCAGAAAGCCUGGAAGCCGGAGACAACAACCAAUUCUGCUGGAGAAAUUUAUUCUCCUGCAUUAACCUGCUAAGGAUCCUCAACAAGCUGACCAAGUGGAAACACUCGAGGACAAUGAUGCUGGUAGUCUUUAAGUCGGCCCCAAUCCUGAAACGAGCUCUGAAGGUGAAGCAGGCCAUGAUGCAGCUCUACAUCCUCAAACUGCUGAAAAUCCAGACCAAAUACCUGGGGCGGCAGUGGAGAAAGAGCAACAUGAAAACCAUGUCUGCCAUUUACCAGAAGGUGCGGCACCGCAUGAACGACGACUGGGCUUACGGCAACGAUAUUGAUGCCAGACCGUGGGACUUCCAGGCUGAAGAAUGCACCCUGAGAGCCAACAUCGAAGCCUUCAACAGCCGCAGAUACGACAAACCUCAAGACUCGGAGUUUGCGCCAGUGGACAACUGCCUGCAGAGCGUGCUGGGACAGCGGCUGGACCUCCCCGAGGACUUCCACUACUCCUACGAACUCUGGCUGGAGCAGGAGGUGUUUUCCCAGCCCAUUCGCUGGGAGGAGCUGCUGCACUACCAGUGA